AUGCCACCGAGAAAAAGAAGAGGCAGAAAGAAAGCCACUUCUGUAUCGAAGAAAGCAACCAGAACUAAUUCUUCACAUGGUACAAGUGAUGCCACGCAAGAUACCUUGAAAGAUGGUGAGAAGAAGAUUGAAGAAGCAGCUAAAACUCCCAAAAUCACAAAAGAUCUCAAAGAGUUGGAGGAAGAACGGAAAGACGCGAAAAGUGAAAAGCAUGGCCAAAGUUUACCUGUUACGACUGAUGCAACAAUUGAAAGCAAUGUUAAAUCAAUAGAUUUGAAAAAAGCAGAGCCCAGUAAUGUGCUGUCUAAAGAGAAAGAAAAGGAUGCAUUUGCAGAAACAGAAGCUGAUGACAUAAUGAAGAUAGUGAAUGAGACGAACGAUAAGAAAAGGAGUAUAAUGAGUCCAAUUAAGAGUUUGCAAAUAAGCCCUUUAAAGAAUAUAAUAAAAGGCGAUACAAAAGAUCUAAAACCUGAUGCAGGAAGUCCGAUCAAACGCAGAAAACUUGAUCCUUCUCCAGAACGAAAUGUUGAUAGAGACACAAGAUCUAUGGAAAUGCACGUUGGUUUAUUGUUUCAGAAGAAAGACUUAAAGGGUCUCACUGCCAUUUCUCAGAAGACUUCCAGGAGGUCUGCCCAGACAUUUGAAAAUUACAAAAAGCUAGUUGAUCGACGCGCAAAAACUGCAGAGAUUAUUAUUGCGAACCUUACAAAAGAGAAUAAGACUUUAAAGAACACAAUCAAGGGACUCAGAACUGAGAAUCGACAUUCAACGAAUGCAGUGGAUAGCAAAGAGAUAAACAAAUGGAAAACAAAGGAAGUAGAAACUAGAAAGAAACUAGACAAGUUGGAAGAAGCCAAGAAUAGCAUAGAAUCAAAACUUUCCGAUGCGAACAACGAAUUAGUGCUAUCAGAUUCAAAACAGGAAAUGAUCGAACUGCUAUGUGGAACAGCAUGUCUUGAUUACGAGGAAAAUGAAAAAAGCAUUAUAUUUGCGCUUAGACAAAGUGGUACACUGUGUACAUUAUACUAUCAACUCAUCAUAAAUAAGUCCGAGCCAUCAGAUUUAAUAUACUCCCCAGUUCAAAAGAAACCGCAGGAAUGGCCUACGGAUAGUGCAAUUUCAUGGAAGGUGAAUAUGGAUCGGUUGCACUCACUUCUUCCAGAAUACUUGUUGGACAAUCUUACUUUCCCUUCAAGCAACUUGAGAAACUUUUAUCGAAAAAUAUCAAAAGCCGUGAAUGGAAUGGGAAAGCAGAAAGAGGCAGCAUGA